GACCAAGAUGGCGGCGCUGGUGGGGCUACGUGCGUGUGUCUCGGCUCUCCAGGUUUCUUCACCAAGUCUCCUCCACAGCUCCUUUAAGCUGUGCGCUGUACCUCUGAAUCGACGAACCUUUGCUGCGGAGGCGAAGAAGACCUUCUCCAGAGACAAGCCCCAUGUGAACAUCGGAACAAUUGGUCAUGUUGAUCAUGGCAAAACCACCCUGACUGCAGCCAUAACUAAAGUGCUGGCUGAUACAGGCGGUGCUCGCUAUAAGAAGUAUGAAGACAUUGACAACGCUCCAGAGGAGAAAGCCAGGGGGAUCACCAUCAACGCCUCUCAUGUAGAGUAUACCACAGCCAACAGACACUACGCUCAUACAGACUGUCCUGGCCAUGCUGACUAUGUCAAGAACAUGAUUACAGGCACAGCACAGAUGGACGGGUGCAUCUUGGUUGUGGCAGCCACCGAUGGCCAGAUGCCUCAGACACGCGAACACCUCCUCCUCGCCAAGCAAAUCGGCGUGGAGCACGUGGUCGUGUUCAUCAAUAAGGCCGACGCUGUUGAGGACAAGGAGAUGCUGGAUUUAGUGGAGCUGGAGAUCCGUGAGCUGCUCACCGAGUUUGGCUACGAUGGCGAGAACACACCCGUCGUCAUUGGCUCUGCUCUCUGUGCGCUGGAGAGCAGAGAGCCUGAGCUAGGAGUGAACGCAGUGUUGAAGUUGGUAGAUACUGUGGAUAACUUUAUCCCACUGCCUAAGAGAGAGCUGGAUAAACCUUUUCUGCUGCCCAUUGAGGGUGUCUACUCUAUACCAGGCAGAGGCACAGUCGUGUCAGGCACUUUGGAAAGGGGGACAAUCAAGAAGGGAGAUGACUGUGAAUUCGUGGGGCACAAUCGCGCCUUCAAGUCCGUGGUUACCGGCAUCGAGAUGUUCCACCAGUCUCUGGACAGGGCAGAAGCAGGAGACAAUAUGGGCGCUCUGGUCCGGGGCCUGAAGAGAGAGGAUAUGAGGAGGGGCAUGGUGAUGAGCAAACCAGGAUCCAUCAUGCCACACCAGAAAGUCAAGGCCCAGGUUUAUGUUCUGAGUAAGGAAGAGGGGGGUAGACACAAGCCCUUCGUCACCAACUUCAUGCCCGUCAUGUUCUCUCUAACAUGGGACAUGGCCUGCAGAGUCACCCUGCCUUCGGAAAAAGAAAUGGUGAUGCCAGGCGAAGACACCUCCCUGACGCUCACGCUCCGCCAGCCGAUGGUUCUGGAGAAAGGCCAACGGUUCACUCUCCGAGACGGCAACAAAACCAUCGGCACCGGCCUGGUUACAGACACCCUGCCCUUGUCGGAGGAGGACAAUUUCAAGUGGGGCUGAAGGGAAAAGAGAGGGGUGGGUGGGCUGAGUCGGGGUGUCCGGGGGGGGGGGGGUGCGUCUGGUUGUGGAAAAAUUGUGCUCAAAUGUGGACAAAUAAAAGUUACACACGCUACACACGAGCGAGCGCUCCGAAUUGCAUGGCCCCGUUGUGCGAUUCCGUCUGACCAAAAUACCGAUGAUGUUACGCUGAACAUUGGCUUUCCGUGAAAGGGCCAGACUGUCGUUUAUGUAAUAAAAUGUAUCUAAAUAAACUCGCCAUUGUUUCUUUUGUUGUGUUGGAGUGUUAGCCGGUGAGCUAGCUAGUACGUGCUACACAGCCUGGCUUUAUGUCUUACGCUUGCUGUAUUUAGUGGAUUCGGGUGUGCUGGUGUCUCUCGGUGUGGUCUUGAUUAAUGCAAUUUUGUAAUUUGUAUUUUUUCCAAUGUGGAAGGUGCAAAGCAUCAUUAAAAGCUGGGCGGCAAGCACAGGAAAAAAAAAAUCAAG